GACCUACGGGGCAAUUUUCGAUGGAAGAGGCGAGGAGAUUUUUAUGAUUUGCGUGGUAAUAGCGCAAAAUGUUCAUUUUAAACAAUAGCUAUGGGUAGAUGACGAUGAAAUAUUUUUUCCUGUCUGAUUGGAGGCAUGUCUAGCUCAAGUAAACGAGAGGAAAAUGAGGAGAAACUUUUGCAGUCGGCGCGUCGAGGUGAUUUGGACACCGUACUUAGUUUGUUGCAAGCUAAAUCACCUGGCAAAAGUAGCUCUCGUUCAAGUAUUGAUGUGAACUGCAAAGGGAAAUCAAAAGCAAAUCAAGGCUGGACCCCUCUCCAUCUUGCAUCAUACUUUGGACAUUGUAAUGUUGCAAAAGCAUUGCUUGAGAAUGGAGCUGAUGUCAAUGCUAGAAAUGGAAUGGGAGACACUCCACUACACAGGGCAGCUUUCACUGGAAGAGCGGAUGUGGUCACAUUACUGAUUCAGCAUGAUGCAGAUGUUACUAUCAUCAAUGGAGAGGGUAGAAAAUCAAGUCAGGUUACCAACAGUGUAGAAGUUAAACAACUCAUCAAAGCUGCAGAAAGGAGUCUCCAGCUGAAACUUGAGGAACAUUUGCUCACAGCUGCAAGGGAAGGUGAUACCUCAGAGCUGAAGAAACUGAUUGAUAGUACAAAUCCUCCAAAUAUUAACUGUCAAGACAUGUUAGGAAACACUCCAUUGCAUUGUGCUGCAUACAGGGGACACAAAGUGAUUGCAGUCACACUUUUACAGCACGGGGCAGACACCACUAUCAAAAACAGCAAUGGUCAGACAGCCUUGGAUUUAGCCACUAACAAGAAAAUGAAACAACUGUUGGAUGUUCAACCACUGCAGAAACUUCACAAGGUGGUGUCAAGACAUGAAGGUGCCCUGCUCAAGCGGUCCCGGUUCUUUGGGUGGAAGAAAUUCUGGGUUGUCCUAGAGAGAGGUGUACUUAGCUAUUUUAAUAAGAGAGCUGAUGCAGCGGCGAGUGUGAAGAGACAAGGUUAUAGAUAUUUAGACCGCUGUAAAUUUUCGGUACCUAAGGACGAGAAGCACAAAAUUAAAAUCCAUUAUUCAGAUAAUACCGUUCAGAUCUGGAGCAUUCCACCGAGUGAAAAAACUCCGCAAGUCCAACGCCAGCGAUGGUUAAACUCUCUGCACGAGCACUGCGCCUAUAGCACUUUUUACACAACUCAACCCACAGUACUAAUUGAUGAUCAAGAACAGGAUGUGAUACCGUUGGGGAGCAUGCAGGAUUCGCUAAAGAGCGCUCGUGCCCAUCAGCAACUUCUCGACGAACAAGUUGGUGGAAUAAAUAAGACAAUUGCAGACGUAUCCGACUCGUAUUCAUCGGAGUCAAAUUCUAAAGGAAGUUUAGUGAAAAUCAGCGAGAAACUCAACGAGGUGGUAGCGACAGCUCGUAAUAUGUGUAACGCUCUGACUCACUGUUUGGAUUUACUGUCACAACAAGAGGAGGUGCGUCAUCUUAGAUUUGAAGAAGAAGUAGAGAAAAGAAGAGUCCUUGAGGAUGCUCUUCACGUCUUGGCGACAGAACAUCAUGCUUUGGAGUGCUCAAUUGGAGCCCACGAGCAGUUCAUUCAUGGAAGUCGCAUGACCCUGACGAGUGAUUGUAACGAAGAGUUUUUCGAUGCAAGAUCGGACGUUGGUUGCCCUCUUCCAGACGACUUGCUCUCGGAUGACGACAGCGACGAUGGCGACGAGUACGUACCAAGUGUAGCAACCCUUGAAGCAGCAGGGCAAGAGGUUCAACAGAAUCACGUUGAAACAAUUGUCGUACCUAACACUAGUACCAAUAGUAACAAUAUUAAGAGGGCAACUUCUGGAAGAAAGCUGGGAAAUUUGAACAGACUUUCGUUGACGAGAAGUACGUCCGAUACAAAUAUUGCAGCCAAAUCGGAAAUUAGGCAUUUGCUAGAUUCUGAAAGUCUGCAAAAGUCGAAAUCUGCCUCCAGCGACAUGGAGCAAUCAGCGGCGCUGUACAGGAAACAAGAAACUGAGAAGAAAGCGAAUGGCAAAAUGCGCCACAGGAUUUGUCAAGAAUUACAAUGCCAGUAAUUUUCAAUGAGCCGCUGACGUUUCUGCAGCGUGUGGCAGAGUACAUGGAAUAUGUAAACCUCCUUCACACGGCCUCAAGUUUAGACGAUCCGCUGUUGAGAAUGCAGUUUGUUUGCGCGUUUGCAAUAUCAGCCACUGCAUCGAAUUUAGACAGAGUAGGAAAACCUUUUAACCCACUCCUUGGAGAAACUUAUGAACUGGUCCGAGAAGACAUGGGUUUCAAACUUGUUGCUGAACAGGUUAGUCAUCACCCUCCUGUUAGUGCAGUGCAAGUUGAAAGUGAAGACUUCGUGUUCCAUGUCACAGUUCAACCCAAGCUCAAGUUCUGGGGAAAAGGGGUUGAAAUUCAACCGAAAGGCAUGGUCACACUCAAGUUUCCAAAACGCAAUGAAGUUUACACGUGGAAUAACGUCAAUAGUUGUGUUCACAAUAUCAUUGUGGGACAGCUUUGGAUUGAACAAUUCGGUCAAAUAGAAAUUACCAACCACACCACAGGAGACUACAGCUUGAUACAUUUUAAACCUGGCGGAUGGUUUGGUAAAGAACUCAACAAGGUGGAAGGUUCCAUUUUCUCCGCUGACAAGAGAAAGCGGUUCAUUCUGCGUGGAGACUGGACGGAUUGCAUCCAGUGCUUCACUGUGGACAAAAUCACUAGGAAGGAAUCUAAACGAGAAAGCAAGAGACGGCGGUCAGAUGGCAGCGAAAACAGCUUUGCAUCCGCCACUUCUCUAGAGAGUUUCAGUAGCGGUAGUAGCGGUGGAAGCGUCAGCGUGGACACCUCGGUACCCAAGACCCUCUGGAGAUUUCAAGAGCGACCUCCUAAUAGUAAACAGAUGUACAAUUUCACGACAUACGCAAUGCAGUUAAAUGAACUCCAUGAAGAAGAUAAAGCCACGUUACCACCGACAGAUUCAAGGCUCAGACCUGACUGUCGGGCGUUAGAAAACGGUGAUUUAGAUACAGCUACUAUGGAAAAAAUACGACUGGAGGAAAAGCAAAGGACAGCGAGGAAAGAAAGACAAAAACAUGAGCGUUGGAUUCCCAGGUGGUUCAAAGAAGACAUAAAUCCAUACACAGAACAGAUGGACUGGAUAUUCACCGGAACGUACUGGAAUAGAGAUUGGAAAACGUGUCCAGACAUCUUUUAAAUUUCCCUUCCUUAGGUCCUAUCAAAAUUAAAAUUGCUCGGCCUUUACGAACAUUUUUUUCCAAACGGUAGAGAUUAAGAUACAUUGUUAGGUUUUUAUGCCUUGCACUUAGUGUAAUCCGCGCAAGGUGCAAAAUCAUUUAGAUAAGUCUUUCGUGAGGUUUAAUUGGAAACAGACCCGCGUGAUGUAUAAGUCGAAUGAUUUUGCGUGACGUAUCACCCGCGAAGAAGAGUGUCACGCAACGCUGUAGGCUGUCAACUUCGAUGCUCAAGCUCCUUGACUGAAAAAUGUAACUGGGUGAAAGAACUAUUUCUUCAAAUUUUUACCACAUUUGUAGGACUUAAAAAGCCUUUUAUGGUAUAUUUGAUUCGACUAAUCUGGUGUUCUUUCAAAUUUUUUUUUUUUUCAGUUUUCUAGAAUUCUACAAAAUUGUCGAAUCCAUUUCAGUAUCAAAGCAGCUGCGCGCCAACCCCUCCCUAACCCAGUCAACUGAUAACGAGUUACGGUCAAUAUUGGGUUAGGGGAGGGGUAGGUGCGGAGUUGAUCAGAUAAUGACAAUGAUUGAAACUGCUUUGUGCUUCCUAAAGAAAAAAGAAGUGGAAAGAAAGAAGGAAAAUAGAAACCGAAUCACUAUUUAUUUUAGAAGAAAAUUUGCAUUGAUAAGUAAAUUUUCUCCAUUUGUGUCGCAGGUGAAUUGCUCUAAUCCUAAAAUUGUUAGCCUGGAUCAUGUAGCUCAGAUCAUUAUCAGGUCCUUUCCUGUUCGCAUUUAGCUUCAAAUAACAACAUCAUUGUGUACAGAUGUCCUUUUAUUUUUGUACCACAUCAUGUUUUCUAAGAUGAAAGCAGAAAAUUUAGUUCAGAAUUCGAUUGCAGCAUUGGCAACGCAAGACGGCCAGGUCGACGCCUUAUUCGGUGCACUCUUUUAAGAAAGGUUUUAAAACUAUUCCAACCUUGUCUCUCGCGGUCCGUUUUAACCUUUCUCUUUGUUAACUAUGAUGGUGCUUUUGUAGAUCAUACAGCUUCCUUUGGUGCUUUUGUACCAUUUUAAUUCAUUGUUUCUUUCGGCCCCUAUAAAAAAAGAAAGGUACAAAACGUGCCACAAGUUGACACUGUAAAGUUCCGACAGGCCCUGUUUUUUCAAGAACAUAGACUGCGGUCAGUGCGGUCACGAGCAUGCGUGGUGAUGUAAAAGAUAUGUAUGACGUCAUCGUUGCCUUUGGUGUAGUUGGAGUUACUGGUGUGAAUUUUCGUAUUGUUGAAAUGGUAUGACUAUGGCUUUAGAUUUUUGACUAUUUAUUUCGAGGUAACAAACGUUUAGUGAAGUUUACAAAAUGAAUAUUAGAAAGUCAA